AUGACUGACGAGCACAGUCUUCCCCCAAGCCGGUCCCAAUCACGCAACUCGUCACGACAAUUUUCAAUCACUUCCCGUUCGGGAUCAGCAGAUUACGAGAAUUUUUUACUCGGUAGAGGUGGAACCAUUACCGGGGCGUACUCGCUGCAUCAGAAAGAUGUUCCGAUUAGGAGACGGUUUAGUUCCAUUCGGAAGACGUUCUUCAAACGAAGACGCUCACUGACCACCACAGAGCUACGAGGUCUGCGUUAUGUGUUUUCCAUUUUGGACCGCGAUAAGAAUGGGGUAAUCAGUGCGGGAGAACUGCUACUUACCUUGCGCGCAUUGAACGUCACACUGACGGAGGCCGAACUGAACGACGUGAUCACAGAGUUGGAUGUGGACUUGGAUGGUUUAGUGGACUUUGAUGAACUGUGCGUUUUUGUCGGAUCACGAAUCGUCAUGAAGAAUUUGGAAAGUGAAUUGGAUCAAUUUCUUCAAGCGUUGGACAGCGAUGCUGACGGAAAAUUAAAUCGAAAAGAUAUUCGACAGAUUUUGCGUCACUUUGAUUUACCGAAUGACAAGGAACAUGUGGAUGUUUUGCUUCAAGCCAUGCAAACAGAACACACAGACUAUGUGACCGUGGCAGAAUUACGAAAGUUCAUUCAUCCGUCCGGAAAAGAGUUGAGCAUCAGAACUCUAUUUGGUGAGGAAUAUUAA